ACGAGGUAGAACAACAGUUGAAACAACUGGCCUGUACAGGUGAUCCAGGAGCUGAGGACUGAGAUACACCCAGCUGUAAGGAAGAUGGGAAAUGCAAAAAGUGGUGCGGUGUCCAAAGAGAUCCUGGAAGACUUAAAGCUCAACACCAAGUUCUCAGAAGAAGAGCUCUGUCAGUGGUAUGAGAACUUCCAGAAGCAGUGUCCCACAGGCCGCAUCUCCCCUGAAGAGUUUGAGAAAAUCUACGAUCGCUUUUUUCCAAAUAGUGACGCUAAGGCUUAUGCACAACACGUGUUCCGCUCCUUUGACACCAAUGAUGAUGGUACUUUAGACUUCAAGGAAUAUAUCAUUGCCCUGCACAUGACCUCAAGCAAGACGGCACUUAAACUGGAGUGGGCCUUCUCGCUGUUUGACGUGGACAAGGAUGGCUACAUCACGAAAUCUGAAGUGAAAGAGAUUUGCCAAUCCAUCUUCAAGCUGAUCCCUAAAGAGAAACAGGCCCUGCUACCCAGUGACGAGAAUACACCUGAGAAGAGGUCAGACAAGCUCUGGAGCUAUUUUGAUAAAGGCGAUAAUGGUAAGUGGAGCUUGGCUGUGGUAUAACGGCAUGAUAGAGUGCUUUUAACAUAAUGAUGCACUCUGGGAGAUUAAAGCACAGGGCUACUUAAGUAAAAUGACCCAUACCCACUUCUUAAACCAUGCCUUAGUACAUAAGGGAUGACAUUACAGAGACGCAGGAUAGAAAUAACACUAGACUGAGCAAGCAGAUAAAUAAAACCAGUACAUGACUGACAGGUUAUUUUUCUAUAUGAGAAAUAGAGGAUGAGUCAA